GUUGAAACGCCAUUUGGCAACGCAUUGGGUGUUGUCUGCCGCUGAACCGCUCAGGUCUUGCAGGUCCUCAUCAAUGAGCGCCAUGUCAGGAAGUAUAACACAAGAUGUAUGUCCGGUCAGAUCUGAACCAACACUCUCCUUUACCCAAGGAUUCAUCUUUGGUCAACUCUCCAUAGUCCUCCUGCUCGCCGCUUUCAUCAAGUUUUUCAUCUUUGGCGACCCUCCCUCGCCCGAAGUCACGGCAUCUCUCCGCGCCACUGAGCGGCGUUCUCGGACCCUCGCGCAUAAGAAAUCGCUGCUAAGCCUGCGAACGACCAACCCUCGACAGCCUGCCCAGCAACCCACGCUGAACAAGAAAAAAUCAAGCAUCCUGCGCGCGAACCAACCAAACUUGACUAUCGGCUCCAUUCUCGACAAGACAUACUACAAGGUAGACAGCCAUCAACCAGAAAGCCUGGAUUGGUUCAAUGUGCUGGUCGCACAGACGAUUGCUCAAUUCCGCAGCGACGCCCAGCACGACGAUGCAAUUCUCACAUCGCUCACCAAGGCUCUCAAUGGCACCUCAAGGCCAGACUUUGUCGAUGAAAUUCGGGUGACUGAGCUGAGCCUAGGCGAAGACUUCCCCAUCUUCAGCAACUGCCGCAUCAUCCCCAUGGACGAGGAUGGCCUCACCUUUGGGCCAGGCAAGUCAUUCGACGCGAACAUGACUACGAGGGAAGGCGCACGUCUGCAAGCCCGGAUGGAUGUUGAUCUGAGCGACAUGAUAACAUUGGCGGUCGAGACGAAGCUGCUGCUUAAUUUCCCCAAGCGCCUCAGCGCUGUUUUACCCGUGGCACUAGCCGUGUCGGUUGUGCGAUUCAGCGGCACGCUCUCUAUAUCCUUCAUUCCUAGUAACCCAUCCGAGAACACUCCGACCAAGAUGACGUUUACCUUUCUUGAUGAUUACAGGCUGGACUUUUCCAUCCGCAGCCUCCUGGGUAGUCGCUCUAGGCUACAAGAUGUCCCCAAGAUCGCACAGCUGGUCGAGUCUCGCCUCCAUCGGUGGUUUGACGAGCGCUGUGUGGAACCGAGAUUCCAGGAAAUUGCUCUGCCUAGCAUGUGGCCGCGGAAGAAGAAUACACGCGGCGGCGACGAGGUCAUUGCAGACGUGGAGCGCUCACUGAGCAAGGCCAAGGGAGGAGACAUUGCCAAGGAUCUACGAGAGGAAGCUCGGAAAGAAGUGGAAGCUGAGGAGGAUGCGCGAGCUGACAGGGUUCAGGAUUCGUUGAGGUAUCGACGGCGACCGCGGGCAGAAGAUGUGUUUUCAAUCUCGGGGCCGAUGCCUGGCUCCAUGCCUGGCAUGAGCCUUGACGUCCCAACAUGAGGCAUUCCUGGACUUGGCGAAAGAAAGACCAGAUGCUGACCGCAGCGUGAUACUGUGCGGUAACCGGGACGGGGCAUCCUUCCGCCUCUGCGCCGCGGCCGGGCAGGUGAUCUUAGGUGAGCCAUCCAUGUGAUUACUCACACCGCCGCGAUAGAAGAAGGCCUGCAGAGCUGCCGAACCUCAUGGUACAGAGGCACCCUGCUUUGUUUCAGGUGCUUCAACUGUUGAGAAUUGCAACUGCAGCAAGCAGAGUCUGGGCAAGUGCUCUGUGUGGUAAAACGUGAGGAGGACCACAUCCAUCCGAGGUAGCUGUAGCUAGCUAUGCUCAACUAGCCCUCCACUGUAGUAGAAAGGAAAGUUCGCUACAUGUGGCCCUCUUGACUGAAUUACCAAUGAGAUAGUAAUGAAUGCCUGGGCAGUAAUAAAC